AAACCAUUCUUGUUACUCUAGAUUCACUGUCGUUAUCAUCAGGCAUCAGUCACCACCAGUGUGUUCCUGUGGCCAGUGGUGGGAGGUACGGCGCCUUGUCUCUCUGUGUUGUGAAGGCCCGCUGCUCUGUACUGGCAUACGAUGGCUGGCGCGUCACCCCGGCACCCUGGCCUGCCUGACAAUACAGCAGAGGAGCAUCCCCCAGAGACCUUCCGCGAUCUGGAGGGCCGCCACCGCCCAGCAGCAAGUUUCAGCGCGCCCUUGACAAUAGAAGGAGUGGGUAGUCUGCCGGAAAGGUUUUCAUGGCAAGCGUUCCAGCCGCAAUCUCACGGCUAUGGCGUCACGCACUGCGCUCCGCCCCUCGCCAGGAUCAGCGGCAGUUUGGGCAAUACCUCCCUGACGGUUGAGGCGAUGGAGCGCGUACGGCCAUACCUUUGCUCCCCGAUGACCCGAAGCUACCACCCGCCGCCAUGCUUCCCCAGCCCCCACGCCCAGAUCGGCUUCCACCCGCCGCACACCCACACCAUGUCGAGAUCCCGAGAAUUUGACACAUUCCUUUGCAGCUCCCACCAGCCCAUGGCCUGCUGCAGCCAGCCGCGCGCCAUCCCAUUGUGCCGAGGUGCCGCACAGGGCCAAGGGGAGAACGACGAGACCACUCCUCUCCUGACCAGUAAAAACAGACAAGAGCAUGGGUACAAGAGUGUGGGAGGAGCAAAGGAGGAGAGCAGCGGCGCGCGGAUGAGGUCGAGGCGGCGUCCAAGCUUCCGUCGCUUCACCAGAAAACAGUUGCUGACGCUGUGCUCAAUGCUGGCGGUGGUCAUCACUUCCUUCGCAUCCCUCUCCGUCAUGGCGCCCUUCCUUCCUCGUCAGAUGGCGAGGAUGGAACUCAGCAAGACAGUCUGCGGAAUGAUCUUCAGUAUCUACCCUUGCAUGAUGGUCCUCGCCUCGCCGGUCAUAGGAAAGCUCAUGCCUCUCUUCGAGUCCAGAGUUGUCUAUCUUUUGGGCAUCACGCUCGCCGGCGUCGCCAAUAUGCUCUUUGGCCUGGUGGGUUUCAUAGAUGGCGUCAGCGUGUUCCUAGCGGUGAGCAUCGUGUUACGUGUGUUAGCGGCUCUCGGCACUUCUUGCUUCCUCACCAUCAUCUACGCCCUCGUGCCUAUCGUCUUCCCAGAUGACGUGAACGUGGUGACGGGCAUGCUGGAGACUGUGAUAGGCAUGGGAAUGUGUUUGGGACCGGCGCUGGGCAUGUGGUUGUACUCGAUGGGCGGGUUUCCAAUGCCCUUCUUCGGACUGGGCGCCAUCAUUCUGCUCACCAUGAUCAUCAAUUGCUUCACCUUCCCUGACGAUGAGUUGCUCAUCGUCUCCAAUCACGGCACCGGAGGAGUGUUGUCUGUGGUCUCCCACCCGCGCGUCGGUCUCUCCUUGUUCAUCCUCUGUGUGACUGGAGCUUGCCUCUCCACACUCUUCCCGACACUGCAGCCACACAUGCACAAACUGGGUGUGUCCACAAGAGGGGUGUGCAUGAUCUAUCUGGUGCUAUCUGCCAUGUACGCCGUGUCUGCGCCGUUGGUUGGGCUUGCCAUUGACCGUUACGGCGGCAUGGACACGUUCAUGCUGCUGGGGCUGCUGCUCACUGCUCUCUCCUUAAUCCUCAUCGGUAACUCACCGCUCCUGCCGCCACCGCCAUCCCACCAAGAGUUGUACGUGCAGGAUAUCAUCGGGAUGGUGGUGUUUGGUGUGUCCUCCGCCAUGUGCAUCGUGCCCACCUUCAGCUCCAUCAUUAAAGCUGCUGCCAGCACCGGGGAGGUUGACAUGGGCACCUACAGCAUCAUCGGUGGCAUCUGGUCCUCUGCCUACUCCCUCGGGGAGGUGCUGGGUCCUCUGGGCGCCGGUCUGCUUGCUGAACACACCACGUUUGCCUCCACCACCACUGUCAUCGCCCUCAUACCCGUGGCCCUCGCGGUGAUGUUUGGAACUUACUUGUGUGCGAGUCGUGGCAGCACUGUCUCCACCUCCUCUCCGUGAUGCCUUUAAUCCCCAAGCCCGUGUCGUGUUGUGUACUCGUGCCACACUCAUCUUCUUCUUUCCUAAGGUAUUGUGUAAGAUGCUCCUAUGGCGGAAGAUCUGGAGAUGUUUUGGGGGGUUUGGGGAGUUUUGAAGUGCAUUGUGGAGUACUAUUUACAAGGACUUGUGUUUGUGUUAGAGUUAAAUUGUUGUGUUUAAGGUAAUAAAAUUUGUCCAUUA